AUGCACACCUCGAGAACGGACGACUACCUGUCGGCCGUCGAGCCCAACACAUGCCGGAGUACGGGCACUCUCUUUGAGGACGGCGAUCUGGCGCGUCCGAGCAGUGCCCCAGCCUACGACCUCCCUGCGUACCAGUUCGACGGGCGCACCGCCCUCAUGUUUGGUGAACAAUCCAGCCGAGGGGUGAAUGAGUGCAAUCGUGAAAUAACCCGUAGCUUGCAGAGGUAUGACGGUGGGAGCCGUGGCCACGGCCGCGGCGGCCAACCUUCGUACGAAGGGCCUCCAACGGGUACGAAACAAGACGCAUUCAACGGGCCGUUUGGGCGUGAAGGACGCAUUAGCCGCAACAGCAGCACGACCAAACCUUUGGUUGGGAGGUCGAAGCGCUUCGAUAAACCAUCGUGGACUCGCGGCGAGCAGCAACUGCCGGGGCGGGGCCAGGUGGGAGCAGCGAGUAGAACAAACGUAGGUGGCGGUGAUACUGCUGCUCCGCCGGGAGGCUUCCGACAAAGCAUCGUGGAAGACGUGUUCAGCUAUGCUAGGCACAACCGUGUCCUGGACCUCGAGAGGAUGAUGGAUCAGGGCGUCCCGGCUGAUGUGCGGGACAGCCACGGCAACACCAUUCUGAUUGUGGCAUGUCAAAACGGGCACAAGCGGGCGUUGAAGGCAGCCUUGCGUCAUGGGGCUGAUCCAGAUGCUAGCAAUGCCCGGGGAAACACGGCCCUCCACUAUUGCUACGCGUUUGGUGGGUGA